CUAUAUCAAGGCCAUGGCGCUGCUCUCAGGUCUUAUCCUUCCUGUUUAUCCCGUUCGUCCGCCACCAAAUUAAUUCCAUGGCGCUGCUCGCUCUGGGACUGGCGGGUGCUCUUCCUGUAGCUUCCUCCUUCUAUCGUGACCCGCGCUCCUCCCACCUCUCCUUCUCUCGCGCCGAAACGGUAUCCCUCUCCGCGACGAAUCUUUUCUCGGUUUCCGCGCCCGUCACUGCUCCUCGGGCGCUUCCUUCAUUAGUAUACUGCGGCAGAGGGGAUAAGAAGACGGCCAAAGGAAAGCGGUUCAACCAUUCCUUCGGAAACGCACGGCCUCGUAACAAGAAGAAGGGAAGAGGCCCUCCGCGGGUUCCAGCGCCGCCUUCACCUCCCAAGAAAGACCGUUUUGAUGAUGGAGAGGUCGUCAAGAUCGAAAUCGACGAGUCCCUCUUCUCCUAGCUACGUAGAUGCGAUGUACGAGCAUGAUCCCCGUUCCGCUCUUUCUAUUUAGGAGAUGUAAUCCCUUUCUGGAACUUUGACAUUAUGCUUGCUCUCUAACAAUUUCACAGUUAUGUAUCCGUCUUUUUAAGUUGGCAUUUUCACUCUUCCACUUGUCUCUUUUUAUUCAGUAUAUGGGGAUGUGAUAAAAUAUCCUCUUUUUUUUUCCUUUCUUUUUA